GCGUUAGAAAUGUGGCACACUUCCGUCUUGCCGUUUGGUUUGUUUACUACCAAGUCGGCCCUAACGAAGUUCUUAAAAAAAUUAGGGGUUUCUUGGAACCAGCCGACGAUGCAGUAUUUAGACAGCCGUAUUUAUUGAUUAAAAUUGAAAUGUGACGUUCCCUGUUUGAGAUGAUCAGUCUCCCGAAGUACCUUGCCGGGCAGAGUGCUGGACUUGUGAGUCCUUUGCUGUUCCAGCACAAAAUCUUCUCAUACUACACAGAGAGGGUAGAGUUGAGUCGACUGAAGGAUGUACAACCUGUUCACAGCAGUGCGGUCAAUGAUCUGGAUAUUGACGUGACAGAGCACAGAUAUUUGUUGUCAGGAAGUGCUGAUGGCUCCAUCGCCAUUCAUGACCUUGAAAAAGUGACAGACGAGCCGCAUGUGAAUGGUGUGCUGGAUGCGAAGACAUACAAACUGGUAUGCUCUGUAUCCUCUGGCAACCGCAGUGCUCAUCGCGCCAGCAUCGAGACUGUCCAGUGGUUCCCGCUUGACACUGGAAUCUUCACCUCCAGUGGAACGGACAGAACUCUCAAAGUCUGGGAUGCUAAUAGAUUGAAGCCUGCAGAAGAGUACUCUUUCAACGGGGUGGUCCAUUGUCACCAGAUGUCACAGAUAGCCUCUAAGCACAACCUGGUUGCCGUGGGGACGGACAGUUCAGUGGUCAAGCUUGUUGACCCUCGGGCAGGUUCGGCCACUCACUCACUGCGUGGACACAAGGAAGGUGCUGUACGGGCAGUGUGCUGGUCCAACCGCGAUGAGUUUCAGCUGGCCACUGGCGGGAUUGAUAACUUUGCCAUUCUGUGGGAUGUUCGCACUGCCAAAGGAUUUCUUAUGAAGUUGCAGAACCACGGUAAAAAGCGUUCGGGAUACUCAAGAGAUACCACACAUGAUGGCUCUGUAAACGGCUUACAUUACAUAGCAAACGGCCACACGCUAGCAACAGUUGGCACGGACCAGAAACUUUUUGUGUGGGACACAUACACAGGCAAAAAGCUUCCGGCUAGGUACCCUCCGAUUAGCCACAUCAAAAAGCGAUCGGUGAAGUUUUGUGUGACAAGCGCAGGCUCAGAAAAUUUUGCAUUUGUGCCAACAGGCUCCAGUAUUACGACGUUUAACAUAGACACCGUCGGGAAAGCCAGACAUUUGUAUGGCCACUACAACAGUGUGAACUGCUGUGUGUAUCAUGAGCAGGGAUGCCAGCUCCUCAGUGGUGGGAAUGACCAUAAGAUUCUGGCCUGGACCAUCAGGGGAGACAGAGACUACGGGGAACAUGUGAGCGAACAGCGACAUUUGGUGCAGAAGUCACUUCGGACCAGUCAUUCGGUCAACGAAGAAGUGCAAGAAACUCCAGUCUCUGAGGCUGUUCUUCAAACACUGGAUACAUGGAGUGAUGAUGAGGAGGAAGAGGAAGAAGAGGGAAAUAACAGUUCUGGGAGAUGACACAGGGAUAACCAUUUUGAAGGGGGGGGGGAGUGCCAGAGAGAGAGAGAGAGAGUGCCAGAAAGAGAAAGAGCAAGCGAGAGAGAGAGAGAGAGAGAGACAUGACCUAUAUUAUAUCUGCUGGUUCAUUUUCUUUUGUGUGAACAUGCCAUACUGAGGUUCCUGUGUCUCAGCAGUUGUGCAUAGACCACAACAGUGUGGAUGUAAUCCGUCCUGCAGGUCAGUGAUUGAACAGUCUAAUUUUUGUUAAACAUGUGUUUCUUCCUUGUUUGUUUUUUUAUGUUUGUCUUUUGAAACUUUGCAGAUGAAGUUGCACCAGGUCCUGUAGAGCUCUGAUUAAGUGGAAUCUCUCAAUGAGUAAGAAUAAUGUCAAUAGAUAACUUGAUCUGCAGUCAUUUUGCUAAUUCCUUGACCCGGCAACAUUUUCAUUUGAUCAGUUUGCUCUUUUAAUCUCCUCUGUGAGACAAGAGAGAGGAAAGGUUUUGAUUUCACUUACAUGUACACUAAAAAGGUUUUUAUACUCUUUAUCAUCACUAUAAAGUCUAUGAUAAAGUUUGUGAGGCAAGGAGCCUCGCUGUGGCACACAGAAGACUUGAGCUUGAUUCCCAAAUGGGGAGAAUUUUGAUCAGGUACCUCAAUCUUUUUGCGUAGGUAGUUAUCCUUCUCAGACCAGUUUAGUCCUGACAGGUAUGGUUGAAGCUCACCUUCUAAAUACCCCAAAAUUGUGUCAGUGGGGUCGUAGAAACAUGCACAUUUAAAAAAUAAAAAAUUUACUUUGAAU